GUAUUUGUAGUAUAAUUUGCAAACUAUAUAGUGUGUAUCUAGUGUUGGUGUCAAUGUAGUACUUGUAGUUACAGGUUUAAAGCUAUUGUUUAAUAGGUGUUAUUUUGUUUAACAGAAUAAUUACUUAAUUAAAAAGUUAAAGAAUAUCGAUUCGUCUGUUAACUUAAUUAAACUUAAGUUAAGGCCAAGAAUUUGAAAAUUGAAGAAAAACUGACCAUUGAACAUGUCAUGGUUUGCAGGAAUUGCUGAAAAAGCUGAAGAUUUGCUUAACAAGGUGGACCAACAAGCAGCUACAGCUCUUCAGAAAAAAAUGAAUUCCUUCUCUUAUAGUCCUACGGUAUUGGAUAAUCAGUAUCUCUCAGAUCCAGCUAGUGGAGGAGCUAUCCCUAAAGACAGAAACAAGUAUCAGAGUACUAGUGCAUUGUAUAGUUCAACACCUAAAACUUCAGUAAAUAGAACUUCCACAGCUAAUUUAGCCCAAUCAAGAACUUCUAGGCUUCAGAAAGUGGAUCCAGAUGCCAAACUUAUGGAAUUUCUAAAUAGUGAUGAUAAAUCUGAGCAUAAAACCACCUUUCAAUCUGAUUCUUCUUACAUCAAAAAUACAGAAGUAGCAGGUGAAAAAGAAACAUUGACAAUGAACAGUUGGUCAUCAGGAGCAGCACACUACAAGCCAGAAGAAUCUAAAAAGCAGGUACCACUUAAUGGCAGUUCUGCAUCAGAAGAAACUCAAGAGUUACCACUUAAUGGUAGUUCUGUAUCAGAAGAAACUAUUGAAAAUUCCUACUCACUGGGACUACUUGAAAAGGUAUUAGAAUCAAGCCAGACAGACCGAACAGAUAGAUGGGAUCAAGAAAAGGAAAUUAUUUCAAAUAUGAGCCUUGUAGAUCAAACAACAGAAGUAUACAUAGUUAAAGAAACAGAUGGGCUUCAGCAGGAAAGUCUCCAAGUAGAAGGAUCAGAUAUUCCUGUUCAAAUUUUAAAGGAAGAUCAGCAACUGACCCCAAUCAAAGAAACAUUGACACUUGUAGAUAACAGUAAUCAAGAUUCUAAUCAGAUAUCCAACAGUUACCAAGAUUCUGAGCAGGAAGCAACAGGGCACAAAUUAUUUACCAGUCAGUUAGAGAAAGAAAAUGCUAUGUUAAUGAAGGAAGUAACUUGUAUGAAUCAAGAAAUACAAAACCUUAUGCAGAAACUUGAAGAUGCUGAUGGUGAAAAAAAGAGGAUGCAGAAAAAGCUUGAUUAUUGGAAUUCACAGGUUUCAGGAAGUGAUCGGAAGAUUCGAGAGCUUAUGAACCAAGAGAAUGACCUUAACAGUGUUCUCAAUGCUAAAGAUUCCCAGCUGGCUGUACUGAGAGUUAGACUUCAAGAAGCUGAUCUUGAACUUCAAGCAAAGAAAGAGUUAGUAGAAAAUCUAAAGGCUGAAAAUGACAGGUAAAUUUAGUGUUUUAGACAUGUUUUCUUUCUUUAAGCUGCAUUAUGAACAUACUUCCAACAAGAUUUUGGUACAUUCUGUGAAAAUAAAAAAGUGAUUGAGAUUGCUGUAAGGUUUAGAGGAUUAUGUGAUUCAUGUUUUGGCUUAACUCUUUCAGCAUGUUGCACCUAUUAGAGUUUUCAUGGUAUAACUUUUGAAUUAGUAAGUGUAUGUUAACGAAAUUUGACAGAUUAUCAGUAAACACUAUAAUGCUUUCAUAUGUAAAUAUCAGAUUUUUUUUAUUAAGUCUUAAGGUUUGUUAAGCAA